UUUGGUACGGUCUCGUUGUCUUUUGCCGGUAACGUAGUUCAUUUUUUUAAAAUUAUCCUGACGAAUAAUGAAUACUCAGUUUUAUAAGGAUAGCUGUGAAUUUUCUUGUACAACUCCUUGAUGGAAAUAUCGUCGUUUGUACAAAGAUUCAAUUGCUUACUACCAGAUAUUUAUUUAUUUUUUCAAAACAAAAGUACAGACGUCAGUUUCAAAGUGCGCGCAUUUGGUUUGCGGUCUGAAUAAGUCAUAACCAGAAGACUCUCCUCAUAGGGCCUUAAGAAUAGGAAGGUACACUCGGUUGUAGAAUUCAUGUUUAAUUUAUAUGCGCCGUGAACCGUUAAUAUCAAUUUCUAGUGAAAUUCCAUGCAAAUCUAAACAAAAAAUUUAAUAGACGAGGUUAUAUCGCUAAACACGAAAACCAGCGAAUAAAAUGAAUGAAACUCCGAAAAAGUAAUGGGGCAGGAAAACAACUAUGGAAUCAAAGGUCAUUUCUGUCAACUCAAUAGCCUAUGGUCCGUUUGGUAUGGUUUAUUAGCAACCGUGCUGAAUGUAUAUUCCGUCCUUCUAGCGACAAGAAGACUGUCUGAAUACUUAGAAGUAGUAUGGCCACCCAAGAGUGUAUUACCUCCUCGUUUCGAAGUACAUUGUUUCGUGGCCACCAUCGGCAUGGCGGCUGUGUUGGUUCCCUUAGUGGCGUUUACGGCAGCCUUUCGGACCGGAAAUAUGGCCAACGAUUCAGAGAAGCUUGGAAAUCUUCUGGAUAUUCGACGGCGUCGUCUAUCCUCCUGUUGGACACAUGGUCCUCCAUCUUCUUCAACUCUGCAUUCGUUUACUGCUCUAGCUUUGCUAGUGGUUAAACUCAUGAUAGAAGCAAGAAUGAUACAGGCUGGUCUUAUGCCCACUGAUAAAAUCUGGAAGACUGAUUUGGACUUUUUGGUGAUAAAUGGACAUCACGCAGUCACGUCUAAUACAACAUUAAAAUUACACAUUGAGCCCAAAACUCAAUCGGUGUUGGUUCCACAGACAUUACCUACUCUACGAUCGUAUGUAUCCGAACAAGAUAGCGCCAUGUCUAUCGAAUUUUUCAACUUUGCGAUGGCUCUAUUUGUGUAUUGUGGUCGCUAUGCUUCGGUAUUUUGGGAAACAAAUAAAUGUUUUGCGACACUUUUCUCGGUUCAACUAUUUGCCAAUGCUUUACAAUGCUUGUCACUUUAUGUUUUUACAAGUAUACUUUACAAGAUGCAAGUAUUGGGUGUCAGUAAAAUGAUUAAGGAACUUCCGGGAGGCACCAGCUCAUACAAUUUAGUCUUGGACUACUUAGAUACUGCGGUUCUUUUUACUGUCACUACAGUUUUGAUAUUUAUUUCGAAUUCGGUAAUUUAUUAUUAUGGAUACUCACGUUUCAACACAUAUGUGAAACGACAGACUGGAAGCUACCACAAAAGCUUAACCGAUGCGUAUUCCAGCUUGAUGCCGUAUUGCGCUAGUGUUCUCAUUUUGUUGGCCGUUAUCGCCACAGAAAGCCCUUUGCUCUACAACGCCAUAGUUGUAUUCCGUUCAUCUUUAAACGGUGUCGUAUUAGUGUCUCUGCUUAAUUCUACGGCUCACGUUUUUGUGUGGAUAGCUAUGUGGUCAGUAUUGACAUUGAAGCCGUGUUGGAAAUUCGAAUUGCAUCUCUUCUUGGAGUACGAUCCAACAGAACAUACAGAAGAGCCUGAUGAUAACCGCGUUCCCAUGUUGGUAGUAGCGCAAGGUGGAACUUACUCGAUAACCGAAAAGACUGCUAAAAGAAUGGUGACUUCUGUUGUCGAACGAGUAGUAGUUGACUGUACUCGAUGGAGUUCUGAUAAGAAUAAAUCCAAGAGGACGCCUAAAACGAUGAGCGAUGAACAAAUAUAUUGGCCACGGCCAAAAUCGAGUUCUGGUCGGAGCUGUUUAAGUGAAAUAGAUGAAUCAGACGAUUUAUCUUCUGGUUGUUUUAGUUGUAUACGAUCAAAAAAUUCUAAAAAAGGAAUUCCACUACAAAAAGUGGAGCGGAGGAGAAUGAGUCCUGAAGAUGACGGCGAUUAUGCCAAGUUACGGGAAUUGCCAAUGAUCCCACGUCCUAGCGUGAACGACCAUAGUGAUGAUAAUACUUCAGAAGAUACCAAACUUUUAGACACUGUAAGGGAAGGUGUUAUAACAUAUGCCAGUGCCAAUACUAGAGAAUUAUUUUAUUCACCGGCAACUCCGCCACCUCCACCACCUCCAGUUGAAGACAAUAUAAGUUCAGCUGCAGAGUUUAAUGCAAGCAAAACACAUGCGAACAAACAAGAUUAUCCAAUUUACAAAUCAUCAAACGUGUCUUGUCUUAAAAUUAGUGCUAUGGAUGACUUUGAAGAAACUAAAUCUGAGUCUGAGGCAUCAGCAGCUGGCCAUUCACCACAAGCCGCAUACAGUGGUCACAGCGAAUCUUCUAGCGGAGUCCAUUCCAAUUCUAGUCAGGAGACUGCAGCAACCAUGCCGCUACCACCUCCACCACCGCCCUUAUCACCAGAUGAUCGUCGACGAGCCAGUUAUGCCGAUUUAUCAGUAGAUACCGUAGUUAUUCGGCACAAGGGACCCGGCGCUAAAGCUCGUCUUCCACCGGAUCCUUGUAUGCGACCCACCAACGUUUCACUUAGCUCGUUUACAGAGCCUAGAGGCGUCCGAAAUCGACCGGGUUCUGUUCCAAGCUGGAAAACAAUGCCGCAUAACACUCCGAAUCCACCAAAAGCUCCUCAAAUGCCCGCUCAACAGUGGCCAUCUGCGGGUAUCAGAUCCCGAAAUCACACGACUAUACCUACUCACCAUAAUGGUGUUAGACUAUUCCACCCUUCUUACAGGCAAUAAAAUUUAAAUCAUUCCUAUGUUUACAAAAUUCGUUGAAAUUCAUGUGUCCAAUCUAGUCUUCUAAGCGAGUGACUUAGUCGUUUUGCUAUGCAUCUAUAGCGAAUAUAUGAAGCAAAUUCGACUACCGAAUACUACCAAAGUAAUUACAGUACAUACAGUUAUAAAUGUAUAUUGUUUAAAGAAAGAAAAUAGAAAUUGAGUUUUCACAAAUAAAUUGAUGAUAUAUAACAUGAAAAUAACGUCGUACACCUACCUCAAUAACAAAAAAUCAAAUCGAAUUUUUUAGUUGACCUUAGAGUAUAUUAUUUUGAUUAUUCACCACAGAGACUGACAGUAUAGUGAACUAUCAAGAAGAAAAUAUAAUUUAUUUUAUAUUUUAAGUCCGUCCUUUGUAUUUGCUUGUGUGAAAUCGGGAAAAUAAAAUAAAAAUAUUUAUAAUUUUGUAAAAAUACAAUUUUUUCAUGGCGUCUAUCAUUAAUUUAUAAAUUAUUACUUAUUUAUACUUAUUUAUUUAUAUAAUUACGUAUAAUACUAACUGUCGUAAUGUAAACUUGACCUCUACGGUUAGUAUAUUGUAAUGCGAUAAGAUCAGUUAGUAAACACUUGUACUAUGUUAUGCUUUGAGUUUAAUAAGUCAUAUGAACAAUAUUAAUCCCAAAUAUGAAUAAAUAAUAAUUAGAAAUAAAAAAUAAUAAAACAGUGAAUUUACGAUAAGUUCAGAAAUUAAAAUAAUCAUUAAAAUAAUAACUGUCCUUAUGAUUAUAAAUUAACAUCAUGAUUAUUAUAAUGACGUUACUCGUUAAGUUAUCUAUCAGUUUACUAUCAAGUUACAUGUAUUUUUUUAUCCCUUCGACAGACUGUAUUGUUAUCCUUGGUGCUACAUAAUAACGGUUAUAAUUUAAUAUUUGAGCUUUUCUCCAUUAUUUGCAUAUACACUUUUGUACAUUAUUGUUUUUUACUUUUAUUUUUACUACUGUCUGAUAAAGUUUUUAUAAAAUGUACUAUGUAAUUUUCAGGUUUUUUUUAAAUGUGAGUGAGCAUAUUUAUUUAAGAUAAUUAUUGUGAAAUUUUAUACAUAAUCAUACAAAAUAACACAUGUGCAUAUUUAUAUACAUGUUCAUAUAAAUUUUGGGAAAUGAUCAUUUGCAUGUUGCAAUGUUUUAUCCUAAUAAUUCAAUUAUAUAUCUCUGUCACUAUAAUAUUUUAUACUAUUGUAUUAGUAUUGAUGUAUUUAGAUACGUUGUGUUUUUAUAAUUUUAAAUAAAGAUCUCAUUUGUA